AUGCGGUCGUCCCAGACAAUCGUGCAGUCACCCGUGGUGUUCCCGGCCCCGGACUUUAGGUCCACGUCAACGAUGGCUGCGGCCAUCUCCGAAGACAGUUGUGCGUUCGGAUCAACGAAAUACUUUUUGCUGUGCGGCCUCGGCGGUUUCUUGUCGUGCGGUAUAACUCACACGAUGGUCACUCCUCUGGACUUAGUCAAAUGCCGUCUGCAAGUCGACCAGGCCAAGUACAAGAACGUCGUUCACGGUUUCAAAUUAACGUUGAAAGAAGACGGUUUCAAGGGCUUGGCCAAAGGAUGGGCACCGACGUUCUGGGGAUAUGCCGCCCAAGGCAUGUGCAAGUUUGGGCUGUACGAAGUGUUCAAAGUUCAUUACGCGAACGCGAUUGGCGAGGAAAACGCGUACGUGUAUAGGACGGGACUGUAUCUGGCUGCGUCCGCGACUGCUGAAUUCUUCGCCGACGUAGCUCUCAGCCCGAUGGAAGCGGCCAAAGUUCGUAUCCAGACCCAACCGGGUUUCGCUAAUACCUUGAGAGAAGCUAUACCAAAAAUUCACCAAUCUGAAGGAUUCAACGGAUUUUACAAAAGCUUAGUGCCGCUGUGGAUGAGACAAAUCCCAUAUACGAUGAUGAAAUUCGCGUGCUUUGAGAAGACCAUUGAAUUGCUGUACAAGUACGUUGUGCCCAAGCCUAGGAUCGAAUGCUCUAAGGGCGAACAGUUGAUAGUGACAUUCGGCGCUGGUUACAUUGCUGGUGUAUUCUGUGCCGUUGUAUCACAUCCUGCUGACACGUUAGUGUCCAAAUUGAACCAAGCCAAGGGUGCAUCUAUCGGAGACAUCAUUAAAAAAAUUGGAUUAAUGGGUUUGUGGCAAGGAUUGGGACCUAGGAUUGUAAUGGUCGGUACUUUGACGGCGGCUCAAUGGUUUAUCUAUGACGGAGUUAAGGUUGCCUUCAGGUUACCCAGACCACCACCACCGGAAAUGCCCGAAUCUCUCAAGAAGAAGUUAGCCGCACAAUAAUUACGAAAACCAAUAUUAUUAUUAUUAUAGAAAAUUUUAAAAUAUUUUAAACAAGAAUAAAUAAAAUUUGUAUGAACAUA